GAUAAAUUCCAGAUUUUAUAUCAUGCCUUCACAACUCUUUUGAAGUCUCGGGAAUGCUGCAAAAGGCGUUUUAGAGGGAAAAAUCGGAAACAUGAUUUUUUUGGGGGGAGGGGCAUGGCUCCGGACCCCUUAAGAGCUCGUGCCAGAGGUACGGGGCCGUAACUCGCCUUCCACACCAUUGGCGUUAAAGGUUACUACAAUAGUGUACAACCCCCCCCCCCUUUCAGAAAUUCCUGGAUCCGCCCCUGUUAUUUGUUAUCAUCAUGGCAUUCAUCUAUGAAGUACAUGUUAAAUUUAAGUUUUCUAUCGCAGUUAAGUUUUGAUUUUGAUUCUAUGAUGUUCGUUUUCCUCUGGUCAGUUAACUUUUGAGAACUUUUUUAAGUUUAUCCAAGUCAAUAAAUUAUUACCUUGACUAGGGAUAAAUUGAGAAAAAGGUAACUAACUCGAAGACAAGAAAUCACAUAUACUUAAAAUAAUAAUAAACAAAAUAACUGAGAUCAAACUACAACAUAAUCUGAUCCCUGGCCCCAACCUCGACCCCGUUUGACUCAGAAGGCCGCGGGGAUCUGAGGACAAAAUGCUCUCCCUACCAUACACAGUGACUUUUUUGUUGCCUUUCCAAAGGUGCGAGGCUCAUCUAUUUCUUACUUCAUCGUGAGCAGCUUUUGCGAGAGAAUAGCUGUCCUUCAUUUUACUUUCUGAGACAAGAAACAGCCUAAAAUGGUAGACAUGCAUCGUUGUGUGAUGGAAAACUAACGAUUCUUUCCUUGGAAGGAUUAAAAUAUCAAGCUGACUUCUCAUCCAACGAAUGUCAUCUUUGACCAGACUGCUGAAAUCACCAAGAGAACUAGUUCACUUUUUGGUAAAAACACAGCCAUGAACUGUAUGCUUGUUUGAGUUGGUUCAGUCACUAUGCCCACUUCUGUACGAAUUGGCGAGGAGCAACUCAACCAUUUGGCUUCACUAGCAAGACUUGACUACUCAAUGAGCGGUCGUGUGUUUAUGAAAAACCACGAAAACGCUGGAAAAUGGCUGCAGCGCUGGGUUGCUCUGUACCAAAAUUUUCUAUUUUACUUUGAGAGUGAGGAUUCAGCAAAACUUUCUGGAGUUAUUUAUUUGGAGCAUUGCAUCUGUGAGCGAUUGUGUCUGACCAAUCUGAAGGAGAGUGAAAACCAGAAUUGUUUUAGUAUCAGUGUACCAACUGGGGAUGGACAUCAACAGUUCAUACUAAGAGCAAACAGUAAUCAGGAGUGCACAGCAUGGAUUGAAGCUAUCAUGAAAUCCAGUUUUGCUGAGUUACAAUCAGAGAAGGAAGAGCUGGAAAAGAAGUACAUCCAUGUGCUGCAGAUUCUGGAGAGCGAGAAGACUGCUAAAUGGCAGUUGCUUCAACAGUGUGAGGAGCAGGCAGCAUUAGUGUCAAGCCUAAAAACUGAGGUUGCAAGUCUUCGAAAGCAGAAGACAGUUGAGGCACAAGAGGAAGAAAGUGAGGAAAUAAAACAUAUUAAAAAGGUUCAAAGUCUCAUUCGAGGCUGGCUUUGUCGUCGCCGCUGGCACAGUAUAGUGCAAAAUUACAUCCGGUCACCUCAUGCAGAGAGCAUGCGUCAGAGGAACUCAAUUUGCUUUCAACUGGUGGAAACAGAGAAUGAAUAUGUGCAAAACCUCUCUACACUUGUGUCAUGUUUCUACAGGCCUUUCAAAAUGGCUGCUAGCUCGAAGAGGCCUCCGUUAAGCCAUGAAGAAGUCAAUUGUAUCUUUCUAAAUAGUGAAACAAUUCUUUUCUUGCAUCAAAUCUUUCUCCAAGGACUUCAAAACCGAAUGGAAAGUUGGCCAACCUUGAUUUUAGGUGACUUGUUUGAUAUGCUGCUGCCAAUGUUGAACAUUUACCAAGAGUACGUAAGGAAUCAUCACUAUUCCCUACAGACUUUGGCGGAGUGCAAACAACGGCCAGCAUUUAGCCGACUUCUUAAGUUGUAUGAAGAAAAAGCAGUGUGUUGUGGACGGACAAUAGAGAACUACCUGACGGCUCCAAUGCAUCGGGUCCCAGCCUACAUUAUAACCUUGCAUGACCUUCUGGCUCUCACUCCUCAUGAUCACGUGGAGAGAAAUACGUUGGAGUAUGCGCAGAGCGUUCUGGAAGAUCUUUCCACGGUAAUGCAUGACGAAGUCAGUGAGACAGAGAACAUUCGUAAAAACCUGUCUAUUGAGCGUCAGAUAGUGGAGGGCUGCGAGAUGCUGUUGGAUGUCAAUCAGAUCUUUAUAAGACAAGGGAAUUUAAUUCAGAUCACAGAGAGUCGUAAAGGUAAAACGUUUGGUGGUUUGUCUCUGAAGUCAUGUGAAGUAAGGAAAGAAUCUGUUCGUCAAUGCUUCCUGUUCUCCGGCUUCCUUCUUCUUACCACAAGAUCAUCCAGUGGCCGCCUUCACCUUACCAAGAAUGGUUCCAACAUAUCUCUAGCCGAUGCAACGUUAGUAGAGGAUUGCUUUCAAGACGUGGAUGCUGAAAGUGUUUUAUAUGGCGUCCGAGGAAACCAGGAGAUCGACUUAGACGAGUUGACCUUCAAGCUGGUCGUGCGAUCACGUGAUAAGCCUGACCCAGGACCUCCUUACACUGUGACUUUAAUGGCGCCGUCAGCACAGGAGAAAGCCGCCUGGACUUCAGACAUAAGCCAGUGUAUUGAGAAUCUUGCAGUGAUGGCAGAAGAAGACAAUAUCUCUGUUGCCUCCAGACAAAGUUUAUGUAGUGUCAGAUCGGACCCGAAGCUGUUUACUGAUGAUACUGAUAUAAAAUACUGCAAAGCACUUAAUUGCUGCAAGCUACCGAAGAUACGUCACGCCAGCUUGGAGCGUCUGUUGGAGCGUCUUCUAGACAUUCGUUUCCUAAGUGCUGACUUCUUAAACACGUUUCUCAUUACUUAUCGCGUGUACACAUCAGCGUCAGCGCUUCUAGAUACACUGCUGCAGUUUUACUACUCGCAUAAUGCUAAGGACUACCCGCUGUAUUUAGCAACAGACGUGUUCUCUCCAGUCAGCCGUAAGGUCCGCUCUGUAUCGCUGCCGAGUGAGGCGCUCAGUCCUCGACAAGACAAGAAGAAAGGUCGCAGCAAGUUCUUUGGUGAAAAGAAUCAACCCUCUCCUUCGCAGUCUAUCUCCAUCACUGUGUCUGACGUAAAAAUGCCGUCCGAUAACGAGCAGGCAGAGAACAUGUCUAAAUCUACUGCAGCCACUCGGACACCUGACCGACUGUGUCCCACCAACUACCAUUCCUACAGGCGUCACUCCUCACCUUCUGCCUUAGGCGAGUCCGCUGCCUUCGAGUUUCCAGAGUCCUCUUGUGAUCCUCCUCACUCACCAGAAGAAGAUUCACCGACGCCAAUCCGACAUGGAGGGGCUAGGAACUACAGCUCUCCAUUCUUAUCACGAGGGAAUAUUCGCACUCGGGCCCAGAGCAGCUCGUCUGAUUUCAUGUCGGGAGAGAUUGGUAAAAGCAGCUCAUUGCUAUCGUCGUGCCAUGAAGACGACAUUUUUAGCGAGUUGAAAUUUGAACUGCAGGCGCCGCCCAAGGCUCGCGGUAGGAGAUCUCGUGCUUGUUCGUCUGGUGCAGCUGUUCUGACAAGAGAUCCUGUCUUUAACUCAUCUUCAUCACAAAGCCAAUCUAUAACUCAUUCAGAUCACAUCAGUGUGGAGAAAACAAGGAGAAGAAUUCCCAAUGCGGUUGAAAACGGUGAUGUAGCUAGGCAUGGUGACGACUUAUUUCAAACACCCAAAGCCACGGAUUGUCGGCGACGGUCAUCUCCCAGUGCGCAACGCGAACGCAACACGGAUCCUACUGUUGGCUGUCUGGGAAUUACCGGUGACCAGAGCCCUGAAUUGACGCAAAAUAAACUGUCUACACGAAGGCCAAGCUCACCGUGUCGUCUUUACAAGAUCGUCAAGGAAGCGGAGGAAAGGGUGUUGAAUUUAAAAACACAGCGUCGUCCCAGCUCGCCAAAGCUUUCCUCUCACCCGCCGCCUAAGUCGCCCGUUUCUCCCAUAAGCUCUCCACGUUCUCCUCUUUCACCUUCAGCAAGCAGCGUUAGUGCUGGAGUUGUUGUGACAUCAUCAAGGCCAUCCCGGCGCAGGUCAAGUAUAUCAUCUGCGGCCUCAGCCUUCGCCGCUGCCACCGCGGGCGCGUCUCCGUCAUAUGCAGCCACCUCACCUACUGCAACUAAAUUCCGUUUUGGUCACACAAUCCGCGAAUUGCUUUCCUCGAACACUCACUUGGCAACCAUGAGAGUGCUGACUGUGCUACGUCACUGGGUUACAAAACAUCCUGAAGAUUUUGAAGCUGAUCCAGCUUUGAAAGAUCAGCUAAUCUCAUCAAUGAAUCACAUUCUAAGCAAUGAUGGAUCAACGAAUCUAGAGCAGAAAUUUGCAACGGCUAUUAUAAGGACACUAGAGCGAAAACACAAAGAAUUACAAGCAACUCUUUCAUUUGAAGCAACAUUUUUGUCCAUGACAACGAAGCAAGAGGACUUGGCAACAUUUGAUAAAAUCUCCGCUACUCAACUGGCCGAGCAACUCACAUUCGUGGAACACCUUAUUUUUUCCAAUGUUCCUUCACAUGAAUUUCUCAACCUUUCUUGGAUGAAGUCGGAUAAAAACGUUCGAGCCCCGAACAUUCUUCGCGUGACAAAACGAUUUAAUGAGACAAGUUCCCUGGUAGCGUCAGAAAUAGUAAAGCACCAGUCUCCCUCAGCACGCGCCACGGCGAUAGAGAAGUGGGCAGCAGUAGCGGAGGUCUGCCGCAAUCUCCAUAACUUUAACUCCGUGCUAGAAAUUACUUCCGCCUUCAUGAGUAGUUCAAUCUACAGACUGAAGAAGACUUGGGAGAAGGUAUCUAAACAGACUCGGACACUAAUCGAUCGUCUGCAAAAAUUGGUCAGUUCUGAUGGUCGGUUUAAGAACAUGCGAGAUGCUCUUCGAUGUGCGGACCCUCCGUGCAUUCCAUAUCUUGGGUUCUACUUAACGGACUUGGCGUUCAUUGAGGAUGGCACACCCAACAGUAACGAGAAUGGACUCAUUAAUUUCUCCAAAAUGAGAAUGAUCGCUCAAGUUAUUGAAGAAAUUCAUCAUUAUCAACAGAACAAGUACACGCUGGAGCCCGAUAAAAACAUUAUUCAGUAUCUGAUAUCCAAAGACAACCUUAUGGAUGAGGACAUGCUGUACCAAACAUCUCUAGCACUGGAACCAAGAAAACGAGCUUCCUCUAAACUCAAACAGCCAAUAGAGACUGAAAUCUGAUCCAGUUGAGGCGCAAUAUUCCAGCGAACGGAACAACUGUUGGUCUGGGUGAAAAAAGGCCUAUAAAAAUUGUCCUUUAAAAGCAGAAACUUUUUGUUGCGGACGCCUGUUCUAACAGGCUAUCCUUACACUGAAACUGAGUUUCUAUUUCUUAUACACUCACGAUACUUGCGCCCCGUCACGCAAUGUUUGUCACGUCGUCUCGUCGUCGCAUGAUAAAACGUACUAAACCUUAGUUUAAUUUAUUUGUAAGGUACGUAUUUCAUGACAAAGAUCUAGUUAUGUAAAAAUUCAGAGUACUAAAUAAAUCACUUGUGGAAAGUUUUUAAAAAUGAAAAAGCUUUAAGGAAUUUUUUCCAUUUAUAGAUGCUGCUAACAACAGAUAUUGAUAACAGAUGUAUUGUUGUGUGACGAUUUUUCGUCAAGAUAAUAAUAAAAAAAACUUCCCUGAAUAAUAAA